AUGGAGUUUAAGAUGAAAACACUAGCCGUGCACCAAUCGCAUUUUGACUAUUCAGGUAUGUUUCAUUUAAAUUGACACACUUAAGACUAUCUUAAGGCUCAACCUACGUUAAAAUGACAAAGACAGACGUCCGCAUAAAGUUUUAAUGUGUGAUUAUAUGUAACAAAUUCAUUCAACCUUUUUUUGUAACAUUGAUGAAAAUCAUUGUUGUUCGUUUUACUACCCGCACAAGUAACUUGGUGUACAACAUUACUUCUUCGGUUCAGGUUGCAAUUUUUGCUGGGUAAAUUAGACGGCUUUUCUAUUUUCUGAAACAAGUAGCUGUAACAAAAUUUGUUUCGCAACAAGUGAAGCGCGCAGGUGGAAAAACAAGAGAUAGGUGUUCAUAUCAUGUAUGUGUCCGUGUGUAUUUCUAACUUGCACUCUAUCAUAGACGUUUUGAGUCAUUUUAAACUACGCAAACACAACUGCUUCAAUUUGAAGUUCAGUAUACAUGUCUUAUUCAUCUGAAGUGACGUGCACAUGCAUACGUAAUCAUUGUUCUUUCAGGAAUUAUCAGUAUGACACCCAUACAAUUUGAUUGUUCGAGUCAGUCUAGCGAUGACUUUGUCCCUUCUCCACCCCUCUCAGGAACAGGUCGCCUGACAUCUGUUGACGAGGGCGUGGUACUGGAGAGCUCGAGUGACAGCACCAACAGCCGCGAGAAGCUAACCUCACACCUGGAAAACGCAACGGAGGAGCUGGAAGCGGAAAACAAGCGGUUGUACGAAAGGAAUGAAGAGUUACGAAAACGACAUCUACAAGCCGAGGAAGAACAGAGUGAACUAACACUCAAAGUACUUGAACUCGAAAGAAAUCUUGAAAGAAACGAGAGGAAACUACACAGCUAUAGGCAGUUAGAAACAACCGACGUGAUCGAUUUGCAAGACAAAGUGGAAGAGAAAGAAUUUGAAACAUGCGAGUUGCUAGCGCGCGUGGAAGAACUCGAGGAUGAGCUUCAGGCGAAAGUUCAAGCCACCAGUUUACUUAAAGAAAACGAGCGGCAGCUAAGAGGGCAGCUGUCUGAAGAAAGGAAACAUUUUGAAGAUCUUGAAGAACGAAACGCGAAAUUGAAAUUGAAAUUUAAACAUCUCGAGGAUAGAUUUGAGGAAAAUGAGCUGAAACUUGCUUCAUACACAAAGUCAGAAUCACUCGAUAGUAACAAAGUUAUGAAGCAGUUGGAGAGUUUAAUUGCAGAGAACAAAACACUUAACUUAAGAAUAUUUCAGCUUCAAGGGGAACAAACAGAAAAGAGUGACAUUUCAUCCGCAAUACAAAAUGAAAAAAGGGACUUAAAAUUCACCGAAGAUCAAAAGAAGAACUUAGAGAGAAAAAUCAUUGAUCUUGAAGUGAAGCUGAAAGAGCAACAAGUAAAAAUUCUAAGUGUUAAAGAAUAUGAACGUAGACUUCGUGCCGAGUUGUGCAAAGAGAUGACGAAGAAGUUAACUAAGGCUCAAACUCGAAGUCGCGAACUUGGUGAAAAAAUCCUUGCGUUAGAGGCUAAGCUACGGGAUGCAGAGCAGCAAUAUAACACUGUACAAGGCUUGGACCUGAAUACGAGGAGUGCUAUGCUUGAUGAUAUAAGAGCGCUGAAAGACAAGCUACAGUAUUCUGAGUCUCGAAAUAAGGAGCUCAAUCUCAGCGUUCAGGAUGCUGAAGAACGCCUUCGUCUUUCACAGAGAGAAGUGCUUUUAGUGAAACAAUCUGAAAUUGACUUGCGAGAGAAGGUUCAGUUGUUAGAGUCGGAAAACUGUAGGAUUCAAGACAAAUUACGGACGUCGAAAGAGGAGAGAUCAACCCGCCCUCCCACAGGUAGGACUGCAGAUAGACUUGAAAAACUACGAAAGGAAAAUGCAAACCUUUCCUUAGAACUGAAAUCUUUCAGGGAGAACAUUUUAAAACUAGAAAGUGAUUUGCUAAGAAAGGACCAGGAAAUUCUUACCCUAAGAAAUGAAUCGGUGGACUUGUCAAGUGAGGUGUGCAAAUUGAGAAACGAACUGGAUGAAAGCGUGAAAAAUAAAACUGAUGAAUUAAAGAAAUCCUCGGAGGCACAAGCGAAACUUGCUUCGAGACUUGCUUUAUUGGAAAGGGAAUUGACAGAACUGCGCAGGAGCAAAACGCAAGAGAGCGAUCGAGUGGUUGAGGUGGUUGAUGGUAGAAGUGAUUCCACAGGAUCAACGUUGUUAAUUAGCGAUGUGAAUUUCGAACUUGCAGUUAACUCUGAAAGCUCGGAAUCUUUUCUAGAAAAACCGGAAAACUCUGAGUUUGUUGGCGACUCACAGAUGGACAGGAAGCAACUUUUGAAAGAACAGAAACAGUUACAGAUCGUUAUUGGCGAGCUUCAAAAUGAAAAAUCUAGAAUGGCGGACAGGAAUGAGAAGCUCCUCCAAGACCUGAAAACUCUGGAAGCCAAUUUGUCAAUUAUAGAGAGUGCAUUUCGUUUAUGUCGUUCAGAAAAUGAAUGUCUGCAGCAAGAGGUUAAUAUAAAGUCGGCUGAAGCUAACACCGUUAGAACGUAUGCUUCUUUUUGCAGCGAGAAAGCAAAUGAACUUCGGUCGGAGAUGGCCGCUCACAGGGAAAACGAAGCCUGUCUGGAGAAGAGAUUAUCCGACUUAGAGAAGGAAUCGGCUCAAGUACGAAAUGAGAUGGGACAUGGGAUGUUGGAGAUGUCAGAGCUUAAAGAAAGGAAAGAGUCGCUAGAAAAGAAAAUUGUGGAUGCGAGCCGUGUUGUUGACCAUUUAAAGCAAGAAAUUGUCGGUCUUGUCAAUGGCAUGUUAACAUUGCAGAGAGAGCUUAUUGUCCACAUUGAUAAGAUGUUAGAUUGUCUUGGAUUAGACGAAAAAAGUGUUCAACGUUUUAGAGUCAGACAGCUAUCUGCGGACUCAAAUGAUAUCUCCACACAAACUGAGGAAUCAGGCAGCGAAGUAAGCAGCGAACUAAGCGAGGUAUUUUUGAGUAGCUCGCCAUUUCCCUUCCGCCUUCUGCCAGACAAAGAAGGCUUUUUAAACCCUUCUGAUGUAAGUGUCAUACGAGAGAACAAAACCGAGAUUCUUCGCCUACAGGAUGAGCUGAAAGCUAAAGUUCUUGCAAUUAAAGACUUCCUGAAUUCUAAUAAAGGCAGUGUGGCAAAAGUUGAUGACGAACGUGGUGGUGAGGUUCAUGCUAAAGCAGCUCUUGGAAUUUUGGCAUUCGGUCCCAAAAAUACGUCUGGGUUACCCCGACUAAGCAAAGCUGAACGCGUGAAGCUUUCGAGUUUACUUUCAAGAUUAAAAGAAGAAUUAGUCCGAGAAAGGAAAACAAAUAACGAUGGCAGAAGCAGUGGAGAUGGAAACGAUCUUUGCGUUCUUUACGACAAUUUGGAAAGCAAGCUGUCGCGGCUUUCCUGUGAGCUUGCGACAAAAGAGAAUGAGAUCACAGAUUUAUUAAGUGAGCGAACACAGCUCCAAAAUGAAUUGGAGGAGUGCGAGAAGGGUCUUUCGGUUUGCCGGCACUGUAAUUGCAAAGUUUCGCAAGAGCUCGAAGAGAAAAGAAAGCGACUGGAAGGAAGUCUUCUUUCACAAGCCCAGGACACCUCCCGGCUUGAAAGCGAGAUUUGCGAGUUCAUGGAAUACAGGCAAAGACUUGAGGGGGAGCUGGAUCUAAUCAAAGGCCAGAUAACUAAUCUGGAGGACGAGCUUGAUGUUAGAAAAAUAUUAAUCGAGAGAUGCAUUGGACCGAGGCCCGAAGGGGGCGAAAGGUAAGAUGCACCUAACAGUAGCUUUCAAGAUUCCCUGUUGCCUUCUAAGGGGCUGUUUACAUGGAGGGAGGAAGAUUCUAGAAGGCGGAAAACUUUUCGUUGGGUUUACAUGCAGAAGUUUCGGUCAGUGUGGUGCCUAAGUAAAUAAGGAAUUUAAAAUGGCGGGCGUCAAAAAAACAAAAUACAAUUUGGGCCCUGCUGUUCUUUUUACUGGCGUUAAUAACUACCUUUCAGCAGGAUUAUCAUAAUAAUCAGCUCGUGGUAACGCCAAACGAAAAGUUUACAUGGUGCUAGGAUCUUCCUACCUUUCAGCCUGGAAGAUCCUAGUACGAGGAAGAUUCUAGCGCUAGGCAGAAGUAUAUAUACACCCCUUUGCAUGUAAACUGAAUACAGAAAACAUAUUGCGCUAGGAUGAUCCGACCUCUAUGAUUUUACUGGUGCUAGGACCUUCCUUCCUCCAUGUAAAAAGCCCUUAAUUGUAGAUAAAGGACCACGGCAUUAGGGAGAAACAGCAGAGACGGUCAUACGAGACCUGUUAUAUUCGGCGCGAAUGACAAAAAGCAAAUUUCUCACUCCCUUUUUUCAUGAAUGAAUGCACACCCUCUCAUUUUGAAACCGCAUAGCCAGUAAAAAACGGCAAGGAGACGAUAAAGGGCGGGAAAAUGGUCACGUUGCCAUCCCUCUCUUUGCCGUUUGCCUUAAACGCUAUGCUUUAUGUACCAUCAUUGUAAAAGCAGUUAUCACGUUUGAUUCAUUAACGUCCAGGAAAAUAACCAUGGACUAGAAACAGUAUAAGUACAGAGAUGUCAUCGAUUCUCAAAAAUGGUCGGUUGAGCAAAAUCAGUACAGAUAAAAGGCGGGAGAAACCAAGUUUCAGUGUAUGUUUAGUCUAAGAAUAGUGUUUGUUAACGGUGCAAUACUGCUCAAAAUGUUGAAUUGCAUUAAUAAAAUUCAGGCUUGACAUGAAAAUGUAAACAUGUAUCUAACCGUCGUUAUGAUUUCCUUUACCAUUAUGAUAUUAAAUAACAAUUUCAUUUCUCUGUUUUUUCAAACGCACUUUCCUUUCAAAAUAGGGAAAUUACAAACAGCGACUCAUCUAAAGAUGAAACUGACGAUUUCAAGCCAAGUCUGCCUGGGAAAAAGCGGAAGUCUCAGAAACGUGUGACGUUUGAAAACAUUGACAGCAGCGAGACAGUGGAAAAAUCUUUCAAUAAACGGAGACGACAGAAAUCCGACAUUCUAAACGGUCAAGAAAGCGAAGAGUUUCAUUUAAAUCCAAACCGUUGGAAGGAAUCUGACAUGAACGCGAGUGACAUUGACCUUUGUGAGCUCCUAGCAUCAAUCCCGCGGGAUCUUCCGAAAAAAGCACCAACCCCGGAAGAGCUAGAAAUCUCUAAUAUGGCAAAUAGACUCUCGGGCUACGAUAACAUGUCCUUCGAAGAUAAGAUUGAGUAUGCAACAAUAAUAAGGAAGAGCGAAGCAACCGGGCCUGAAGGAUCCAACGACGCCCAGCGUGUGCUAAUAAAUGGAGUUGAUAAGCAUGAUAAAGGCUCUAAUGAAGACGGUCGGGCUGAUCACGAUGAUGAUGGGCAGGUCACGUGCCAGAUGUGCGGCUUGUUUAGGAAACGAAGCUAGUUUAGCCAAAGUGUUUUGUCAGUGGCGAAAUGUGAGAGCAAUGAGGUGGACUGGUGGAUAGUAUUGAACAGUGCUUGGUGGUGUGGGAAAGGAGGAUAUUACUUAGCCGCUGGAAGAUAGGAAAUUUCUUUUCGAAUGCGCGAGAAGAAAUUUCUUAUCUACGGGCGGUCAUGUAGUGUUCCAUGUAUUAUAUAAACACCGAUUGAAUACCCAACUUUAAGAUUUUUCUUGCUCCGAAAGGUGAGGUUUAGUAUGUAAACAAUGAGCAACGGUGAUUUUUUCACGUGUGGAAAUUAUAGCCGGGGUAUUUCAUUGGUGUUUAUAUAAGAAAAACACAGUAGCCCACCGUCUUCAAUACUCCUUCAUGACUGAAAACUCAAUGGUGCGCUAUCACAUGUAUGGAAACUGGGCAUGUCCCCAAAAUGCGAUCUUCGCGGGGCACUUGACGUGGACUCGAUGUUUAUGCCUUAGAACGGUUUCAGUUCUUAUGAACUUAAUUUCCUAAAGUGCACUUGAAUGAACGUAGGUAUUAUGAUACCAGCAGUAUGGUGAGUUCCUUAGUGAUUCAAUUAAGCAUUGAACUGAUACCAGUAACUAUAAAGAAAUGAAUUUAGUCUGAAUGUUUAUUGUAAUUUAUUAAGCAAAGUUUAACACAUAUUUAACGGAGCAACUUAUAUUAUUAUGAGUAACUUACUUGAAUGUAAAUUUACAUGUUAUAUUUGCAAAAGCAAGAAAAGUUCGUAAAGUCGAACAGUUACAUUUCAAAGUAACA